AUGGCUCUUGUGAAGAAGUUCUCCGGCUCCGUCGCUGCCAACCGCAGCAAGAAGAUACACCAGCUGACGAAGAAGACCACCAGGGUGAAGCGUGACCGCAAAUCUCCUCGCCUCUACAUGAAGGGGACUCUCGCCGGAUACACCCGGGGGCUGCACGGGCAGAACAAAAACACUGCACUCGUCCGCAUUGAGAACGUGAACACAACUGAGGAUGCCAAGUGGUACGUUGGCAAGCGCGUUUGCUAUGUUUACCAUGGCUACAAGAUUAAGCGUUGUGUGCGUUGGUCGAAAGCGCCUGCCCGCCGCAGCAACACCCGCGCCAUCUGGGGCCGCAUCACCCGGCCACACGGCACGUCUGGAACCGUUCGCGUUAAGUUCAAUGGAAGCUCCGUUCCCGCAUCGGCCAUUGGCAGGCGCAUUCGCGUGUAUCUGUACCCCAGCCGCAUCUAA